UCUGCGCUGUCAUAGUGAAGUCACAGUGCCGAUUCGAGACGUAGUUUUCGCUACUGGAGGCACCCCCUCGCCAUCAUCCAUCCGUGGACAUGUCGGCAUCCUCCGAAUGCAGGUACAAGUAUGAGGAGUGCAAAGAGACUGCUGAUUGGCUGUUGUCGCGGAUCUCCCAAAAGCCCACGGUGGCCAUCAUCUGCGGCUCUGGACUGGGGGGGCUCGCAGACCUGCUGGAGAACCGGACGAUCUUCCCCUACCAGGACAUCCCACACUUCCCCAAGAGCACAGUACAAGGGCAUGCAGGGCAGCUGGUCUUUGGGGAGCUGAGGGGGAAACAGUGUAUCUGCAUGCAGGGCCGGUUCCACUUCUACGAGGGCUACAACAUCACCACGGUGACCUAUCCAGUGCGAGUCUUCUUCCUAUUGGGCGUGGAGAUUCUGAUCGUGACCAAUGCGGCGGGUGGCCUGAACCCGGACUUCAAUGUUGGUGACAUCAUGAUCAUAAAGGACCACAUAAACAUGCCAGGCUUCGCGGGCCAAAACCCCCUUUGUGGCCCAAACGAUGACCGGUUUGGUGUGCGGUUCCCCUGCAUGUCUGAUGCGUACGAUAAGUGCAUUGCUGAGCUGGCGCGGGAGGCUGCGGAGGAGCAGGGUUGCACGUCCUUCCUGCGGCGUGGCGUCUACUGCAUGCUGGCCGGACCCACGUUCGAAACCAUCGCAGAGUGCCGUGCACUACAGAUACUGGGCGCCGAUGCUGUUGGCAUGAGCACGGUGCCGGAGGUGGUGGUGGCGCGGCACUGCGGCCUGCGGGUCUUCGGCCUGUCACUCAUCACCAACAAGGUGGUCACCGACUACGACAGCAAGGAGAGAGCCAAUCACGAAGAGGUGCUGCAGACGACACGCAUGCGCACCCAGGACCUGCAGCGGCUCGUCAGCCACCUAGUGGGCAAACUGUAGCGGCACAGCCAGGGGUCAAGGGUCAAGGGUCAGGGGUCAGCGCUGCCGCGGGUUCAGAGGUCAACCCCAUGUGAUCGUGAAUGUAUUAAUAGAUGGAUAUUAAAAUAUUAUACAUAUAAAUAUAACGUAAUAUAAUGUAGAGUAAGAAAGUAAUGCAGAUGUUGUUGAAAUGAUGAUAAAAUGUCUAUAUGAUUAUAUCUAUAUAAAAAAGGAAUGUUGCACUAGAAAGUGAUCAUUAACAUAACUAUACUAAAUGUUUAUCACGGCUAAUGAUUAUCCCAAAUGGGCAAAAAAAAGUGCACUAAUUGCUUAUUGGCUUAAAUUGACACUUUAAGGGACUCUACCGAUGUCCUGUUACUAACAAAGUAUUUGUUUUGCAAUGUCACUUAACAAAUUGUUUCAGGCCCUCUUAACACAGGCCACUUCGCAGGCUUUCGAGCUGAAUACUAACUAACAACUGAACAGAGUAUGAACAGAAUUGUAUAAAGUAGAAGUAGAAGUACUC